AUGCCGUCUCUUGGCACGACUUACACGGCCGCCAAUGACGUGCGGUCGCGGCCGGUGGGGAUCCCCCGGCAGGCCUCUGACCCGCUGCAGGUUUUGCUUCAGGGCCAGGCGCAGGCGACCGCGGUGGCGUCCACGCUGCGCAAGACAAAGCUG